GAGGAAGCAACACGAAAAAUGUGGAGCAGAAAAGGGGACUAGUUGUAUAAGAACGAGUUAGUUUUGAUUGUUGCUUUUCAUAUAUUAGAGUAGAGAGCAGAAAAGAAGAAGUUAAAAAGGUAGAUCGAAUGAACAGAAAUGGAGAGGAGGAAGUGGCCGAGAAGAAGAGGAGGAGGAGGGAGGGGGUGCAGGUGUCCCUCAGAGGAGGCUGCUUGGCUGCUUCAGCCACUGCUAUAGCGGUAAUGCUGAUGGCAACAGAGAAGGGUGUGGCUGACAUCUAUGGCUUGCCGCUCCCUCUCAACUCCAGCUGGUCUUUUUCUCCCUCCUACCAGUAUGUGGUGGGGGCAUGCACGGUGACCAUUCUCUACUCCCUGUUCCACCUCUGUCUAGGAAUUUACAGGCUCCUCACUGGAUCACCCAUCACACCCUCCCGUUCCCAAGCUUGGCUUUGUUUCAUCUUCGAUCAGCUCUUCAGCUAUUUGAUAAUGAGCGCUGGAUCAGCCGGUAUUGGAGUUACAAACCUCAACAAGACCGGCAUCAAACACACUCCUCUCCCUGACUUCUGCAAGACCCUUUCUUAUUUCUGCAAUCACGUCGCCCUCUCCCUCCUCCUAGUCUUGCUCUCCUUCAUCUUUCUCGCCUCCUCUUCCCUCUUUAAUGUCCUUGUGCUCUCCACUCUCUAGUCUCAUGGAUUCUCUAUUGUUGGUGCUCUAUAUAAUCUAAGACAGACUCUAAUUAUUAUUAUUUAUGAUCA